CCUCCCUCCCCUCGUGGUUGCAAGCUUCACGAUCACCUAACGCUUAUCCUUCCCUGCGUUUGCGUUACACGAUCACUUCGCCAUGACCAACCGCGCUCUGGAUCUUAACCCGCCCAACGCGACCCUCCACAUUACCACCAAUGCCUCGGAUUGGCUCUGGGCGGCCUUCGCCGUCAUGGCAUUCUCCUUGUGCUGCAUGAUCCUCCUUGACUUCUUGCAACCCAGGGGUGCCCGUCUCUUCCACCAGAUCGCCAUCGUCAGCCUGGCUACCUUUACCAUCGGUUAUUUCUCUAUGGCUUCUGACCUUGGUGCUACACCCAUCGCUGUUGAGUUCCGUGGCCGUGGCAGUGACCCCACUCGUCAGAUCUGGUAUGUCCGCUACAUCCAGUGGAUUAUUACCGGUCCCUUGGGUCUGCUUGAAGUGCUGCUUAUCACCGGUCUGUCCCCCUCGGACAUCUUGACCACUCUCUUCAUGUCCGUCGUCACCGUCGUCUGCGGCCUCGUCGGUGCCCUCGUACACAGCACCUACAAGUGGGGUUACUACGUUUUCGGUUGUGCCGCACUCUUCUACAUCUGGUACUCCCUCCUCUUGCAAGGCUCGACUUCGACCUUCCGGGCUGGCGGUGUCCUGCGUACCGGCUAUCUGCGUUCUGCGGGCUUCCUCGCAUUUAUGCUUAUCACGUACCCCAUCUGCUGGGCGUGCUCCGAGGGCGGCAACGUCAUCUCUAACUCGUCCGAGAUGAUCUGGUACGGUAUUCUGGACAUCCUCGCCGGCCCAAUUUUCCUCUUCCUCUUCGUCUUCCACCUCCGUAACGUCGACGUCUCGACGCUCGGCCUCAGCACGUGGAGGUACACCGAGACCAAGGCGGAGACCAAGACAGAGAACAGCGCUUGAGGGAGGAUUGCGUCCUGUUGCGCGCUGCUGUUUCUCUCGCGAAAAGGAAAGAUGACGACCAGUUUAACCUGAUGUGAUCUGCUGCUAUGACCCCCUUAUGCAUACCCUUUUCCAUACCCUUUCCGUCCUUGUAGCUAGAGCAACUUAAUAUCUUCCUUUCGAUACUGACCGUUUUCAUCCUGUUACCUUCAUGACCCCGUUUGCGUUCGUACUUCACGUCACUGAUCCCUUGUACUACUUUGUAUUACUAGUCCCUUCAUUUUGUCUUGUUAUGCUGCCGAUGGGCACCCUUGUUGUAACAUACACGUAUGUAAUACACAAUUCGCUCGCUUCUCAA